AUGAGCUCCCCUCUUAAUGAUGAGGUGUCUACUCCGGAGAGCAUCUUGACCCAGGCCAUAGUGCGGGCAAUGGAGCCGUCCUCACCCAACCCGCCACCCCCAGACCCAGAGCCCUCUGACCUGUCAUCGGAUGAGUUCCCUGAGGCACAGCUAAUGAGGGUAAGCAUUUUGUUCAAAGGAGGAAGCCAAGCCAAGUCCAGUGGCUUGAAAGGUUCUAGAAAAACGUCCAGAAAGCGUGUCCUUGGUGGGCCAGGUGCCCAUCUGUCCUCCAUUCGUCGCACAUCAGCUGCAAUCAUACAAAGGCAGUCUGCUAGAGAAUUGGUUCUCUCUUCUCCCAACAAGUUAUCAGCUAAGAAAAUGCCAAGCAUAGUCAGCGGGAAGAGACCGGAAAGGCCUAGUCUCCUGCUGCGAUCCACACCUAGGAAGAAGGAGCCUCAGGAGAAGAAAUCUCGAGUUGGCUGUGUCUCAAAAAUUGUCCUGGGGAAAAACUCCGAGGCCUGUAUCUCGGGAGGUCCCCUGGCACCAGCAACCUUCCCUCCAAUCUCUGGCCCUCCACCUCCAGUGUUUGGGAUUGUUAAGAAUUGUUCCUUGGCCUCUAUGGGGUCCAAACAGCCCAAGCCUAAUUCCAGGAAGAAAUCAGUGAUGAUUAGGCCGAAGGAGUCCGAACUGGUGGCCCAGGAGGAUACCAACCUAAAUAAAGAGGCUGCCCCUAAGGGCCAAGUUUCAGCAAACAGGCCAUCUCGCCUGUCAGUGCAUUUUGGAGACUACAGCAGUGGAGACCCCAAGAUCAAAACCUUUCCAGUUGCAGGACAUGUACAGCUUUUGUCUAUAUCCCAAGAAGGAGCCAAGUCCAGAGUGCGCCCACCCUCAGGUUGA